ACAAAGCCGGUUUAGCCGAGUCUCGUCUUCUUUCUGGUUUCAGAGGAAUGCUGGGAGUUGGAGUUCCGUGACGGGCAAGCGGGAGCAAAGGGCUCCGUUCCGUGCACCCGGCUCUUUCCGCGCCACGGCCCGGCUGACUUUUGCAGGAGGCUAGGCUAAGGGCCUGGAUGUUCGUUAACUCUCCCAAGCUGGGAGGCGAGUCUGCGGCGGCGGCCCUGAAGGGAUGGAAGGCGGGAUGGCGUGGCGCCAGGCUGGCCGCGGGAGAGGCCGGGGCGGCAGGAAUGGAGCCGGUGGCAUCCCCACCAGGAGCGGACCUGGAGGCCGGGGAAGGGCGAGAGGAGUGGGCGCUGUUUUGCCGGUGGCCGCUCCUGACCGUGGCGCCUCGCAAGGCAGCGAGCUAGCUUCUCAGAAAAAAUUCAAUGAAAUUAAGAAGGCUAAUCAAGCUGCAGCGAAAAAGCUUGUUGAAGAUCAGUUUAGUUCCUCAUCUGAAGAUGAUGAUGAAGAGAUUGAAGGAAAACAUGGAAAAAUAUUGGAUAAAACAUUUGUAACUUAUACUAAGCAAACAGGUGGAGAUGCAAGUGAACUGGAACGCACAAGACAAUACCUGAAUGAUGCUUUUCAGUCUGGGGCAAUGACAUGCUUGAUUUGCAUUGCUUCAGUUAAAAGAAACCAAGCUAUCUGGAGUUGCACUGGAUGUUUCUGCAUAUUUCACAUGCCAUGUAUUCAGAAGUGGGCUAAGGAUAGUGUCUUCCUAGUGUCCUCUCCAUUGACAGAUGAUGAUUUUGGAAAAAGAGAUUAUCCAUGGCUAUGUCCAAAAUGUAGGUUUGAAUAUAAGCGUUCUGAGACACCUUCUCGAUACUAUUGCUAUUGUGGAAAGGUGGAGGAUCCACCACUGGAUCCCUGGUUAGUUCCACAUUCUUGUGGCCAGGUCUGUGAGAGAGAAUUCAAACCUCCCUGUGGACACAGGUGCCUACUACUUUGUCACCCAGGUCCCUGCCCACCUUGUCCAAAGAUGGUUUCCAUAACGUGUUAUUGUAAAAAGGCAAAACCUGUACCACGGAGAUGCAGUACAAAAGAGUGGUCCUGCCAGCUGCCAUGUGGACGAAAACUGCCAUGUGGGCAGCACAACUGUGAAAAACCUUGUCAUCCAGGAGUCUGCCAACCCUGUCCAAGAGUGAGUGAACAAAGUUGUGUCUGUGGGAGGCGAGUAGCAGAAAGACUUUGUGCAAGCCCUACUUGGCAGUGUGAUCAGAUUUGUGGCAAAACGUUGCCUUGUGGUUAUCAUUCGUGUGAACAGAUUUGUCAUGGUGGUUCCUGUGGGAAAUGUCCACGAUCUGGCAGAAGGUCUUGUCCAUGUGGAAAAUCAAAGUUUUCUUUGCCAUGUACGGAAGAUGUACCAACUUGUGGGGACAGUUGUGACAAAACUCUUGAAUGUGAAAUUCAUAGAUGUUCACAACGCUGCCAUCGAGGUCCCUGUGAAACCUGUAGACAGGAAGUUGAAAAACAAUGCCGCUGUGGAAAGCAUACAAAGCAGAUGCCCUGCCAUAAGCCAUACCUUUGUGAAACAAAGUGUACAAAAAUUCGUGACUGCCAAAAACACCAGUGUAAAAGAAAGUGUUGUCCUGGGAAUUGCCCACCUUGUGACCAGGUCUGUGGAAGAACUUUGGGAUGCCGAAAUCACAAGUGUCCUUCAGUCUGCCACAGAGGUAGCUGCUAUCCAUGUCCUGAAACUGUAGAUGUAAAGUGCAGUUGUGGCAAAACUGUUCUCAAAGUACCGUGUGGCAGGGAACGUACCACCAAACCCCCUAGAUGUAAAGAACUGUGUAGACAGCCCCCCACUUGCCAUCAUUCUGUUCGGGAGAAACACGGUUGUCAUUUUGGGCCUUGUCCUCCUUGCUGCCAGCCCUGCAAGAAAGUCUUAGAGAAGUGCCAUCACUUGUGUCCUGCCUCUUGCCAUGAUGAAGCACUUGUGAAGCAAACUGGCGUGCAUCAACCUGCUGGACCCUGGGAACAGUCAAAUGAGCCUGCUUUUGUUCAGACAGCAUUACCUUGCCCUCCAUGUCAAGUCCCUAUUCCAACGCAAUGCCUUGGAAAACAUGAGGUGAGUCCCUUGCCAUGUCAUGCUGCAGCACCGUACUCCUGUAAAAGAGUUUGUGGAAGGCUGCUUGAUUGUCAGAACCAUACUUGCAUGAAAGAAUGUCAUACAGUUACUGAAACAGCUAGCAAUGGUGACAUUCAAAAGGCAGGUCCAGAGUGCUUGCAGUGUGAAGAAGAAUGUUCCAAGCCACGGCCACCUGGAUGUCCUCAUUCAUGUCCUCUGCCCUGCCACCCCGGAGAAUGCUCACCAUGUACCCAAAUGGUCCGGAUGAAGUGUCACUGCAGACUCACAAGCCUCUACAUAGAAUGCAUAAAAAUCACUUGUGCUGAUUUAAAAGAAAAAGAUGAACUGAGUUCCUGCCAAAAUCAGUGCCCAAAAGAGCUGUCUUGCGGUCAUCGAUGCAAAGAAAUCUGCCAUCCAGGUGACUGUCCCCAGAAUUGCAACCAAAAGGUCAAGAUCCGUUGUCCUUGCAAGAGACUCAAAAAGGAGCUGUUCUGCAGGAAGGUUCAGGAAGGCCAGAUGUCAUUAGAAUGUGACACAGAAUGCAAGGAAAUGAAGCGGAAAGCUUCUGAGAUUAAAGAAGCAGAAGCCAGAGCUGCCUUUGAAGAGGAUAAACGAAGGCAACAGGCUGAACUGAAGGCUUUUGAAAACAAAUUAAAAGGGCGUCGGAAGAACAAGAGAAAAAAGGAUGAAGUUCAAGUGGAAAAGUCAGUUUGGCAAAAACACAAGAACAUGAUUGUGCUGCCAAUAUGCGGAGUUGCGGUUGUAAUGAUUGCAUGGAUCAUAGCCUACAGUGACUGAAAACUUAAUAUUCAUUUCAGUGCAUUUCAGUAUGAUGAUAAGUAACUACUACAGUUAUACAGUGUAUAAAUCAGGAUGGUAGUGUUCAGCUGGGGGGGGGAGCCACUCGAUAUGAUAUCCCCAAAGCAAUUUAAAAUACACUAUAAGUAGUCACUCCAUGACAUGAAUUUUAAGCAGCUUUCACAUUAUUAUUUGAAAUGGAUCUCUGAGUGAGACCACUUAAGUACUGUUCUUAACAUUUACAUUCCUUGUGGUAAUAUUUGAGGAUUUUCAUGCAUGCCCCAGUUGAGCACUUAGUUUGUGAAAUAUCUCUAAUAGGGCUGAUGUCCUCAUAUGUGGAAAGAGGAAUCAGAGGACUUUCUUCUUCCCAUAUCUACUGUCUACCAAGAGAUAUCUGAAAGCCUCAGUCCUAGCAGUCAUUAUAGAUAUACCAUCAGUACUAGAUGCAGUUGGUUUUGCUUGCUGUAGCACUCUCCUGCCUGUGAAGAUAAUCUUUGUUUGGUUCAGAGCACUUGACAUAAAGUGCAAGUAGUUUGCCCCAGGUUGUGCAUCAGAUUAUUACCUGAAUAGAAGUCAGUAGCCAAAAUCCUAUUGGUGUUUGUGUUGACUUGUAACAGUUCAUUGCAGCUCUUUGGUGAGGAUUUAUCUUAGUUGCAUGCCUGGUCGUGUGCCUAGUUGCACAACUGGGAUGUGUUCUAACACCUUGCUAAUUAGUUCUGGCAAGUUAUGUCAACUUUACACAAACAGUAGUAGGAUUCUGGCCACUAUUUUAACUUUUUAGGUCUUUAAAAUAAAACAUUAAAUUAAUCUGGCUGCCUUACAGUCCUAAUUAUACUUUGUCAGAAGUUGCUUUUCUUACUACAGUGCCAGCAUUUUGUCUGUACCCCAGAGAUACAUUUUGUUAAAGAUCCUGUUUCUAAAAAUGAAUGUGGCUUUUUCUCAUAGACCUCUUUCAACACUGAUCUCAUGCAGACUAUUUAUGGUUUUUCCUUUUUAAUUCAGAUUUUAAUUUGUUUUUUCAUGUAUCCAACAAGUAAAAUUCUCUAAAUCAGAAUAAAGACAGAUAUAUCUAUCCUUCUGAAAAAUAGUUUUCAUGAAACCAAAUUACUAAAUAAAUAUGUACUGUAUAUCUGCUUUGUGUUUCUCACAUUUUAGAGAGCAGGAUGUGUACUGAUGGUAAAUUAAUUAUUGAUUCAGGUGUAGAGAAGUAGAAAAUGCUGGCUUGAAUGGAUGCUCUCAAAAUCAUGUUUUUAAGUGUAAAGUGAAGUAGUAAUUUAACUGUGUACUUAAUUUGGUAGAUAUUUUUGUAAACAAACAUCCUUGCUGCAAACUGUUGAGAACUAAAGCAUUAAGCUAAUAAUUCAAAACCUGAACUGUUACUGAACUGUUCCAUUUCUCUUUUAUGUACUUUAAUUUAUCACUUGAAAUAUUAUGAUGUUCUGAUUCCUAUUUAAAUAAUGCUCACGUUAAGAAAUUGUUGAACCCAGGUUCCCCAUUUAGGCCAGACUUUCAAGGUGACAUCUGAUAGGAAUAAUAUGAAGUCCUAUAUUUUUAGGAUUAUUAGCCCUGAAUCUGUGCCAUGUGAACUUUAGAGAAAUAAAGGCUGCAAAGAUAUUUCUGCUUUUGACUUGCCAUUUUUGCAAAAGAAUGAGGUUAGAUUGGCUUUUCCAUUACUUAAAAGGAGGUAAAAUACUUUAAAGAGGUUUGUUCUGCUGUUCUGUUUUUUAAAAACCAACAGCUAAACGCCUAGAUAGUGAGUCAUUGACUCCCUGUUUAAUGGAUACUUUUAUUAGUCUUACUUGUCACUAUAUGUGGUAGUGUUGAAUCCUUUAGUUCUGCAUCCUUAUUAAAACAUGUCAAAAAAAACAUGUCUGUGUCAAAACAUAAAUUCUGUGAUAGCCAAUAGCAGAUUAAGCCUUAUGUUUGUGUAUUACAUAGUUAAAUCAAUCAGUGUUCUUUUAACUGUUAAUGAAUUUUUUUAGUUUCUUUAACUGGAGAGAUAAGCCUUUUAGGUAUUUUGGCACCGAUAUUAAAAUAUUUGUAUUUCUUCCACUUGGUUGUCCAGAUAAUGUUUAUUUAUUAUUUAUGUAUUCAAAAUGUUCUUACCCUGCCUUCUUAAGAGGACUCAAGAUAUUAAUGUAUCUUCAUUUGAAAGAAACUGAUUGUUUUGUGUUUUGGAUAUUCAGCUAUGGGAGAACCAAAAAUUAGACGUGUGUAUACAAUUUUAGAAUGGUUUACCACCACUUAUACAAAAAAUUAGAAGGAACUGUUCUUUCUACAAUAGAGCAUGUGUUUAGCAUGGAGAACAUUCCAAGUUUCAUUUCUCAAGAUCUUUAGUUAAAAGACUCUUGGGUAGCACUUAAUAUGCUACUGGCCUGAGUUCCUAGAGGGUCACUGCUAGAGCAGACAGUACUGGGCUGCAGCUUAUUAAAUUUUGAUGACUAUUUCUAAACCUGUUUCUAGUUUUUUUAUUUUUUAUUUUUAUUUCUCUACAAUUAGAAAAGGAUGAACAAUACCUGGUGAGAUCUUGGAAGUUAGCAAGUUAGUAGUUGUGUAUUGUAAUACUAGUUUCCAAGGAGUUUUAUUUCCUGUGUGCUAGUAACUUAUCCCUUCUUGAUGGAGCCCAGAGCUUUCAGUGUUAGUAUGGAGAAUUAAUUUGUUACAUAAGAAAUGGAGAGAUUAAUUUAUUGCUAUCAACGUUUCAAAAAUUCUAUUUUUGUGACUUUGAAAGUCCAAUCCAGCAUUUCUUUCAGAGACACUACAAGCUCAUAACAACUGCUGGCUUGGAAUGGUAGGAUGCAGCUUGUUGUAGACUGUCAGGUUGAGAAAGGCUAUCUGUUAAAAAAAAGAAAGUAAAAUACAAUGCAAAAAUAGGCAAUACCUUUAUAGAUCACUUAAAAAAAUCAUCAUACAGUACAGGGGCGUUCAUGGAUAAAAUAUAAUACCUCAUCUCACCUCCCAAAAUGAAGGUACUGAUACAACUCCAACAAAAGAAUUUCUCUAUACAGAACUUUUAAUUACUUAUACCACUUUCAAUUCAUGUUAAUAGAAUAUUUUAGAGCCUAGGUUUUUAACUUGUGGUCCACAGACCCCUCAGGGCUGCAUUGUCCUCACAGGGGGUCCACAAAGGCUUGAAAAAAGUUAUCAUCUUUUGCAGCUAAGAAAUAAAGAAAAGGAAACAUAGAACAAAAUUUUAAUUUUGCUUGCUUGUUUUUGUAAAAUUUGGCUUUUCUAACCUACCACUGCCCAUAAAAGUUGGUUAUAAAAAUAACUUUAAUAGCAAAUAACAGUUUGAUAUUUCUCCACACGGUGAGAACAUGCAAGUGAAUGACGCUGAGUGGCUGAGAGAUAGCAUGUGACAUUUCUUGCUACUACGUAGUCAAUCAAAAACUGCAGGAAGAGAGUCUGAAUCAGUGUCAAUGUGAGUGAGUGUUCAGAUCAACUUCAUGAUUGUGUUUCUUCUUCGAUUUUUGCUAAUAAAACUUGUCAGGUAAGGUGGCUUCUUGUAUUAUUGCAGUGAAUGUCAUAAAAAUAUAUUUGGAUGAUGUUGAUGAGGGUUCAUCCUGUUAAAAGCAAAAUGAAGCUUCUUCCAGUCAUCUUAAAAAGUGUUGCUGCUAUAGCAAGAAAUAUCUGAUUGGCUUCAUGUGUACAGGUCCUGAAGACAAGCAACAGCCACAGUGUGUAUUGUGUUACAAGAUAGUGUCCAACGAGGCCAUGAAACUGUCCAAAUUGCAAAGACAUCUUGAUACUAAAGAUAAAGAACAUGCCACAAACAGCAUCUGUUUUUUUCAAAAGUAAGCAU